GUCGGUAUAAUCGUUUCAUUCGGCGUUCUUUGCCCUCAUUUCUUGCCACACUUCCGCCAGCAAAUACGGAACGUCAUAUUUGUGCGCCUGUGUUUUGGAGAGUGGCUGGGUGGGAAGACGUUUGUGCACGGUUUGAAGCUUGAAAGCUCGGCCGCCAUGGUGGUGUUCCCCAGCUCCCUCACCGAGGAAGAGGAGUCCCUGCAGAAGAAGUACGCCAAGCUGAAGAAGAAGAAAAAAGCGCUCCUGGCUCUAAAGAAGCAAAGCUCCACCAGUCAGACCAGUCAGAGUGGGCUGAAACGCACUCUCUCUGACCAGCCGGUCUUAGACACGGCCACCGCUACAGAGCAGGCCAAGAUGCUCAUCAAGUCCGGAGCCAUCAGCGCAAUAAAGUCUGAGAACAAGAACUCCGGGUUCAAGCGCUCCAGGACCCUGGAAGGCAAACUCAAGGAUCCAGAAAAAGGGCCGGUCCCUGCAUUCCUCCCCUUUCAAAGGAGCGUCUCCACCGAUGAGGAGAUGCCGGAGUCAGCAAAAAGGGCCCACAGGAAGUCUCUCUAUGAGAGCUUUGUCAGCUCAGGAGACCGUUCCCGUGACGACGAGGAUGGGGGCGGGUCUUCCUCCAGCCGGGACGCGGAGAGGGACCGGGACCGUGACCGCGAUCGGGAGAGGGAGAGGGAGAGGGAGCGUGACCGUGAUCGGGACAGGGGGAGAGACCGCGACAGAGACCGGUCCGAUCGGGACCGGGAGCGCGAGAGGAGCCGGGAUCGGGAGCGGGAACGGGACAGAGAGAGGGACCGGGAGCGGGAGCGGGACGCCCCGUUUCGCAGGUCAGACUCGUACCCGGAGCGGAGGGGGGUGAGGAAAGGGAACACUGUGUAUGUGUAUGGCGCCGCCCUGGUGGAGGACAGCCUGCGCACGGCUUUCUCCCAGCACGGCAACAUCAUCGACCUCUCCAUGGACUCCCCGCGCAACUGUGCCUUCAUUACCUUUGAGAAGAUGGAGUCAGCUGACCAGGCUGUGUCAGAGCUGAAUGGCACCACAGUGGGGGACGUGGCAGUGAAGGUCAGCAUCGCCAGGAAGCAGCCCAUGCUGGAGGCCGCCACGGGGAAGUCUGUCUGGGCCUCGCUGGCUGUACAGAACAGCGUGAAAGGCUCCUACAGGGAUAAGCGAAACCAGGUCGUGUACAACGAAGACAUAUUCUGACCAGCAGAGGGGAGAAAAAAAAAAGCUGUAAAAGCAUAUAGUUUACAGAGAUUAGUAAGAACAUUGGAACCAGUUUUUUUUUUGUACUUUUAAUUUUGUGACCGUGUAAGACAUUGCAUUGUGACCCGUGGCCCGCGUGGUUAGGUCAGCCUGGUCACUCUGGACCUGAAAUCAUUACGCCGAAACAGCCGGUCCUUCUUUCACAUCUGCCUGCGCUUCAGUUUUGUGAAAAAAAAAAAUGAUGUUAAUAAAAAUGAAAAAAAGAGUGCAA